AUUUUAAACUUUUUAUGUUUUGCAAUAAUGAGCCCCAUUUCUUUUUUCUUCUUCCAAAUCACUACACAUUCUUUUAACAUUCUUCCAAAUCACCCCUUCCCUUCUCUACCUUUAGAAAUUCUUGAGACGUGCUCCCCAUUUUCAUUCUCUCUCAAGUCUCACCACUUCUACUACUUUGCCAUUAUUAAUUUCUCAAUAAAAAAGCUUCUUUGUCUUUUUCCUUAUGGUUUAGUCAAAUUUCUUUGCUACCAAACUAUUAUAUUGGUCUCUUCUAUUUAAUGGGGUCCUAUUUAUUCAUUUUGUGUUGUUGUACUACUUCAAUGUCCAAGUGGGUGUCCGUUUCUUUGCUCUACUAGCAUAAUAACAUUAAAUAAAAAUUCCCAGGAUAAGAAUUGGUUACCAGUUACUCAAUGGAGACACUAAAUUCAUCGGCUAAUAAGACCUUUCCCAGAGAGCCAGCCAACUUUGAUGAGGUUUCUAUGCAUCAAAGCAUGCUCUUUUCUGAUAGUCUUAAGGAUUUGAAGAAUCUGAGGAAACAACUUUACUCAGCAGCUGAAUAUUUUGAAUUAUCUUAUUCUAAUGACGAGCAAAAAGAUAUUGUGGUAGAUACGUUGAAAGAAUAUGCUAUUAAAGCACUUGUGAACACCGUGGAUCAUUUAGGCUCUGUGACAUAUAAGGUCAGUGAUAUCUUGGAUGAAAAAGUUGAUGAAGUUUCUGGAACGGAGCUGCAUAUAGCUUGCAUUGAGCAGAGACUAAAGACAUGCCAGAAUUACAUUGAUAACGAGGGCCUGUCGCAGCAGUCAUUGGUUAUUCAUACUCCUAAGUAUCACAAGCGAUAUAUAUUACCAGUUGGCGAGACGGCAGAUGGUGGUAAUCUCACCAAGUUGAAGUACCAAGGGUGUAGUCUUGAUGAUCAAGAUGAUUGGAAUCAAUUUAGAAAUGCUGUGCGAGCAACAAUUAGAGAGACUCCCCCACCUACAGCUGGGAAAGGAUUCUCCCCAUCACCUUCUCCACGGCUAUUUCAGCAAUAUGGAAAAUUUUCAUUCUCCGGAACCACACCAAAGAAGGAACUAGACAGGCGAACAGUUUCACCACAUCGGUUUCCUCUUUUACGAACUGCAUCUCUGGCUAGUCGGCCGACCACCCCCAAAAGUUCUAGGCCAACCACCCCAAAUAAGAGUCGGCCUACUACUCCAAACCCUUCCAAUGGGAGACGGUAUGCUGCAGAGCCUCGUAAAUCAGCUUCAAUGCGGCUUCAUGUGGACAGUAUAAACAUCAAAGAUCCUGAGCAACAUUCCAGCAAAAGUAAACGUCUGCUUAAAUCUUUGCUCAGUCGACGCAAAUCAAAGAAAGAUGAAACACUAUAUACAUACAUAGAUGAAUAUUAACAGCAAAAAGUUGAAAGACAAAUGUGACUAAAGGAGGGGUUGAUGUGGUAGCACUUGCAGCUGGAAGCCAGGAAACAUGCUUUAUUGUUAUUAUAUUACAUUAGUGCUUGCCCUUCUCCAGUUGUAUACGGAAAGUACCAGGGACAUGCUUUUUAUGUUAAGUGCACUGCUUACCUUUCCUCAAUUGUAUAUUAAAUUUUGGCAAUGUAUUGGCAGUCUGUAACCUCAAUUAUCAAGACUUGAUUAGUUGUCCUUGAAAUGGUCUCGACAGAUUAUAAAGUAAUAUAGCAAGGAUUUUAAGGGUUCGUCUGCA